GGGGGGUGCUCACCGCCUUGGUUCCCCCCCCCCCCCCCCAGAACGGAGACCACUACCCCUGCCUGGACGACCUGGAGGGGUUGGUGGCCGUGGGCCGGGACCUCCCGGUGCGCCUGGAGGAGCUGCGGCAGCUCGAGGUGCAGGUGGGCACGGCCCACUCGUGGCGGGACAAAGCCUCCCGCACCUUCCUCAAGAAAAACUCCUGCUACACCCUGCUCGAGGUCCUGUGUCCCUGCGCCGACGCCGGCUCCGACAGCAGCAAGCGGCUCAAGUGGCGGCAGGAGCAGCCGGGGCUCUACAAGCUGGACGCCGAGAGCUUGGGGCUGUCGGCGCAGGAUCUCCGCGACCCCGGCGCCGUGAUCGUGGCGUUCAAGGAAGGCGAGCAGAAGGAGAAGGAGGGCAUGCUGCGCCUGCGCCACGCCAACUCCCAAAAACCCGCGCCGCCCGCUCCCGGCCCCGGCCCUCCGUCGUGCGUCUGCGGCCAACCCCCGACCCCCGGCAUGCUCCAGUGUCAGCUGUGCCGGGACUGGUUCCACGCUUCGUGCGUGGCUUGGCCCCGUUUGGCUUCUCAAAAACCCUCGGCUCCUUGGUGGGAGUGGGACGCCAAAUUCCUCUGCCCGCUCUGCCAACGCUCGAGGCGGCCGCGUUUGGAGACCAUCCUGGCCCUGCUGGUGGCCCUGCAGAAGCUGCCGGUGAGGUUGCCCGAGGGCGAGGCCCUGCAGUGCCUGACGGAGCGAGCCAUCACCUGGCAGGACCGAGCCCGGCAGCUCCUGGCCUCCCCCGAGGUGGCCGCCCCCCUGGAGCGCCUGGCGGCCCUGCGGCACCGGCUGCACGGGGACGGAGCCGGGGCGCUGCGGGAGGCCAGCCGCAACGAGCAGACCAAGGUGGGGGGGGGGUGGGG